CUCUCCCGUCUCAUUUUUUGUCUGUUUUUGUUGAUUUACGGUGUUUGUCCCCACGAGAAAAUGAUUGUUCACUUCCAGUACACAUAGCGCUUUCCAGUCUCACACGUUCCCCGGUACACGGAGUCUAUCCGCCGUCGUCCAGGACCCACCGAUCGAUCACCUUAUCCCAUACUUUCGCCCUCGUCCCCAUCCCGUGCGCAGAGUCACCAUGAGUGAUCUAGACAGAGCGAUCGCGCAAUUACGCGCCUGCCGCCUCAUCCCCGAAACCCAGGUCCGCGAACUCUGCUACAAGGCGCGCGAACUCCUGAUUGAAGAAGGAAACGUGGUGUGUGUGGACGCCCCAGUCACGAUAUGUGGGGACAUCCACGGGCAAUUCCAUGACCUGAUGGAGCUCUUCCGCGUCGGGGGUGAUGUCCCCGACACCAACUACCUCUUUAUGGGCGACUUCGUCGACCGCGGUUUCUACUCGCUCGAAUCCUUCCUCCUCCUCCUCUGCCUCAAAGUCCGCUACCCGGACCGCAUCACCCUCAUCCGCGGGAACCACGAAUCGCGCCAAAUCACCACCGUCUACGGCUUCUACGACGAGUGUAUCCGGAAAUACGGCAGCGCCAACGUAUGGCGGUACUGCUGCGAGGUGUUCGACUAUCUGGCGCUCGGUGCCGUCGUCCUCGGUGCCAGCUCCGAGCUCGAACCGUCGGGCCCCUCCCCCAUGGUGAACAACGCCACGCAGUCGACCAUGGCCAUGGAGAACGGCGGGCUGGAAACAGAGGUGCUGAACUCGCGGGGCGAAGUAACCAUGAACACCUACCGAGGCAGACAGCGAUCCUCAUCCGACCCAAACCCCCCUUCGCUCCGGGCCCCCGGCACAGGCGCCUCAGGCAACGGCGCCGCCAGCACCGCCAGCCGAACAGGCGCAAUCCUCUGCGUCCACGGCGGCCUCUCCCCGCUAAUCGACACCGUCGACAAAAUCCGGCUCAUCGACCGCAAACAAGAAGUGCCCCACGAAGGCGCCAUGUGCGACCUCCUCUGGUCCGACCCCGACGAGAUCGACGGAUGGGGCCUGAGCCCCCGCGGCGCAGGGUUCCUCUUCGGCGGCGACAUCGUCAAGCAAUUCAACUACAAGAACGACCUGUCGCUCGUCGCGCGCGCCCACCAGCUCGUCAUGGAAGGCUACAAGGAGAUGUUCGACGGCGGCAUCGUCACCGUCUGGUCCGCCCCUAACUACUGCUACCGCUGCGGCAACGUCGCUGCCAUCUUGGAGCUGGGCGAAGAUACCAGCGCGGGUGGCACCGUCGCUCGCAGUAACGGCGACUACGCCCGGAGUAAUGGCCUUACGGGCAAUAAAGCGGGCGUUAGGAGCCCUGGGCGUAGGUACAGGGUGUUUGAGGCUGCGGCGCAGGAUACGAGAGGCAUGCCUGCGAAGAAACCUGUUGCUGAUUAUUUCUUGUGAUACCAUAUGACAAACAUUCUCACUCAAUUCCAAUCCCUAUUCACUUAAGCUUUUACCAGACGGGAACAGAACUAUAACAAAGACAAAGACAAAGACACCAGGGAAUAAGACAGAACCCAAGGAGGAGAAGAAGAAGAAGAAGAAGAAGGAAAAGAGAAAAGAAUGUAGAUCACGACGCCAUGGUCUCAAGUUUCGUUGGACAUGCCCAUCAAUCGCAUAUGCUAUGUUUAUACUACCCACUUCUGCGCAGCUGUGGUUUUCAUUUACAUUAAGAGUAAUAUCA